AUGUCGGAAGCAAAGAAAAUCAAACUCUAUUCACCGAACAAGGCACAUGACAAAGGAUCCAAACAUGGCAAAAAUAGUAAGCGGAAUUAUUACGCAAACCCGAAACAAGGCGGCUCUGGAGAGCAAUCGAACAGGGAACAUUUUAUGAAACCGGGUCACCGUGGUUUCUUGAUAACUUGUAACGGCCAUGUGCGUGAUUGUGUCCGGGACUCGUACCGCAUCCUCAACGAAUAUGCUGACGAAAUGGGCUAUGGUGCUACAACCAAAACCGAUGAGGAAAAGCCUGCAACCGUAAGCGACGAGGAAGAGGACAUUUCAAUUCAAUUGCAAAAGGAAGCAAAGGAAGCCGCAAGAAAAGAUAAAAGUUUCCGCUUUCAGAAUGUGCAAAGCGGUGCCAUGAAUUGCCUCUUUAUCGCUACAACAUUACCUGACCCAAACGAGAUUGCAUACAAGCUGAUGAAGGAGCUAGCAGCAACCAAGAAGCAUAAAUCUCGCUUCAUUCUACGCAUGCUGCCAAUCGAGGCAGUAUGCCGAGCGAACAUUAAGGACAUUAUGGAUUCCGUGGGAACGCUUUGUGACCGGUAUUUUUUGAAAGAACCCAAGACCUAUGCAAUAAUUUUUAAUCGUCGGUUAAAUAACGACCUCUCACGCAAUGACGUUAUCCAGGAACUUGCCGAUCUCAUCACGGCAAAAAACGCGGGAAACAAGGCGAAUCUUAAAAAUCCGGAUCUAGCGGUUAUAGUGGAGGUAAUCAAAGGACUGUGCUGCAUCGGGGUGUUGCGUGAAUAUUAUCAACUGCGAAAAUAUAAUGUUGUUGAAAUUACGAGUCAAGAGGCGAACAUAUCUAACAAUGUGACUACGGCGAAUGAAAAAUCUAACACUUCCCAGGAAGCCAACGAGGAGACUUCAAAUACUUUAUUGAACUGA